UUCACUUUUGUUGAAAGGUACAGUUUGAAAAAGAUGGUGACCCCAUACUUCAGGAAAAAAGUAGGCUUGCUGCUAACUCUGGGCUGUUGUUUGGCAGAGAUAACCACCAGAGAAAGCCGCCCAACAAAGCCUGACACAGAGUGGGUUAAUCUGUGGUACAUCUGGUUAGUUGUAGCUGUUGUGCUGAUUCUCCUAAUCUUCAUUACUGUGUUUUGUUGUGUCCGCCGUUGUCUACGGGCAGAGAACCAUGCUCAGGCACAGGGGAGUUCAUCUUGUGAGGUUACUGUCAUUGCUUUUGAACAAGAUACCACCAUCCAAUCAACAAUCACAUCUCUACAAUCUGUGUUUGGCCAGGCUGCAGCACGAAGAAUUUUUGCAGUGGCCCAUUCCCACAAUCCUUUACAGUUAAGACCACCUUUCUCUCCUGUUUCACACCCACUUGGCGACACUGUCACCACAUCCACCCAGAACCAGUCAUCUGUCAAACAAAUUUACCUACAGAGGAAUACCAACCAUAGAAUUGAGGUGUCAAUGCCACCCUAUGUUGACACUACCUCCACAUAUGUUAAGAGAUCGCCCAUGCUAAGUGAAACACCAACCACAUCUUCUCUGCUGCCAGCGAGCAGUGUGGUAGAAUCUGCAUCUGUUCCUAGUAGUACCCUCUCCUUUUCCAGACCUACUGCUGACCUUCCCUCUUAUUUAGAAGCCAUGCCACGCUUUUCUGUCUUGCCAGCUGCUACUGGGGAGCUAUGUGACAGGGAUCAGGCUGAAAAUGGAGUGAAGUCACAACCAAUUUCUGUGCAUGAAGGCAGCCUCAAAAAUUCUGUUCCUUUAUCUGAAACCCCACCAUGUUAUGAAGAUGCCCUAAAAAUGGAAACCACUGCAGAUGUCAUGAUAAGAAGGUUGCCUCUUUCUACACAAGCCUCAAACCUUCCUCCUGUGUUGGAGACGUCAGAGACAGAAGCACAAGCAGUGUUGCAUUGAACCAUUCUGUGACAAUCUACUUUAUUUUGUUAUACUUGCAUUCUGACUUGUUUGCUGUCCCAGAAGGUGAAUUAUUCCACUGUGUUAAGUAGUAGGGAUUCUCCUUUCUUUCUUUUCUUCGGAUGAAACAUCACUAUAUUCUUGUUUUUGUACUGUCUUUAACCUUCACAGCUCACUUUUUGUAACAUUGGAGCCUUUUAAGUUUUUGGGCACACAAAAUGUUCAGGUCCUGUUCUAAUGUGUUAGCAUCCUCCCUUAGGAUUAGAACGACAUUAGAAAGAAUCUUGGAGAAAACGUCUUAUUUAAGAUUCAAAUAUUUGGUUUGCUCUUUGUUGUUGGGAGUGUGUGUUAUUACCGUGCCUUGACUGAAAAAAACUCUCUCUGGGGCCUCUAAAAAUAUGAUUAUAGAUGGACGAGCCUGGGAAUGGAUUUAAAAGUAUCUCCAAACCACUGAAAAUCAACCAUUCCACUGUCUGGAUGAUCAUCUACAUGUGGAAAAUGUUUUAAACAAUUGCAAACUUGUCCAGGCUAGGCUGCCCCAUCAAGUUCAGCCUAAAAGCAGAAGGCGAGCGGCUGAAGGAGUUCUGUAAGAACAACAGAAUCUCAUCAUUGAACCCACAUGGUAGCUCUUGUCACUGUUGAUGUCAAAGUGCAAGAGUCUACCAUUAGAAAGAGGCUGCACAAACAUGGGAGGGGUGUUAGGAAGAAAUUUUUGCUCUUCUGGAAGAGUAUCAGUGCAGAACUAAAGUUUCCUAAACAGCGCUUAGGUAAAGACAUCUGGAAAAAGUGCUUUAGACAGAUGAGACAAAGAAAAGGUUAUUUGGCCAUAGUAGCUGAAGACAAGUUUGACAAAAACCAAAGACCUGAUGCCAACUGAUAUUCAUGGUGGUGGUAUAAUUUGAUGAUACUUUGCUGCAUCAUUGCCUGGGCACUUCACUACUAUAAAAUCCAGUAUGAAUUUUUCAUUGUACUGGAAGAAACAUAAGAAUAAUGUUAGGCCUUCUGCCAGAAGAUUAAAGCGCAACAGAAAGAGGACCAACAUGACAAUAACCCUAAACAACCAGUACAUCCACCAAGAAAUUGCUGAAAAGGAAGAAAUGGAGGGUUCUAUAUUGGUUAAGUCAAUGACUGGUCCUGAAUUCAAUAAAGAUGCAUUUUUUUUUUUUUUAAAUGGGCUGUUCACAGAAGGCACCCUUUAAGCACCACACAGCUGAAAGAGUUCUGCAUGGAGGAGUGGGAAAAACUUUCUACCAGUCAAUGGCAGAGACCAAUAGACAGUUAUAGAAAAUGCUUACUUGAGUUUGUUUCUCCCUAAGAAGAACAAGACCGACAAUUAGACCCAAGGGUGUACUUCCAAGGAUGAAAAAGGCAUGUCUGUUCAUUUUUUGCUAAA